GUAUUAAAAACUCACCUAAAAGUCAAAGUUGUUCCGAGCAUCGUAAAAUUGACGAAAAGAGCGCGAGUGUCGAUCUCGAAAGAAUAUAAACAAAUUGAUUUUUUUCUGCAUUACUUGCUACUGAUUGUGUUAAUCCGAAGUUGCAUACAUGGAUAAACGACAAGUACAUCGCCCAAAGUCAUUUGAUAACGAAACAUGGAUAGUGGUGCGUUAUGAUGAUACACAUAGUUUGUCAGAGUUGUUUCGGGCUGGCGAAAUACAGACACAAGAUGGGGAAAUUCUUGCUGGAACUGGCAGAGAGAAUCUUUUCAGCAUUGGAGAUCCGUGUUUGGCUCCAUGGAAAAAACAAGGACAUUAUCCAGCCGUUGUUGCUGUCAUUGCUGAUGAUAAAACAGAGUGUUUAAAGAAGAAAAAUGUAUUGAUGAAAUCAGAGAAAAGCCAAAGUAAAGGUAGCAAAGACCAACAAGGAAAGAAGUCUGUUGAAACACAACUGCAAACAAAGAGGAAGAAGCCACACACUGUGUCAGAUUCUGGAUCAAACAAAAACAAACCAAAGUCUCACAAAGAAAGAACAGGAGAUGCCAGCAGUGUGAAAAAGCCCAAAAAAGCUGGAUCAAACAAGAAUGAAACAAACCCUCAAACAACUAAAGAAAAUGAGACCUGCAGUGUGAAAAAGCAAAAACAAGAGUUGCAUGCAAAAGCUAAACGCCUGAAGGAUGCCCAAGCAGCAGCAGCCCAGGACAUUGCCGCAUCCCUUUUUAGUGCAUGUACCAGAAAUAAUGCAUGUGGUAGUAAUGACAUGAUGCAAAAUCUAUGGAAGCAGCUCCAGCUGUUGAGAAAAGAGAGCGUACGUACAAACCAAGAACCAGGCCAGAUUUGCCACUGGCAGACUAUAUUGUAAUUCAGGAAAACACCCCUGUUCCAGAAGGGUACCAGCUGCUAGCCCCUGGAGCGCCCAUUGCUGUCCGUAGCUUGUGGCUGCAUGAGGUUUUGGUCAGCAUUGGGCGCUACAGAAAUAGAAAAGAAAAGAGGGCUGACCGCAAAAACAAAAAUAUCCGGGAGGACAAGUCGUCCGAGAUCAUUAAGAGGCUAAUGGACAGUUUCUUUGAACCAAAUGAAUUGGCAAAGGAGGGGGGAACACAAGUCUUUGUGACCCACCCAGUUUUUGUUGCCUUAAAAUGCUAUGCAUCCCACAUCCUGAAGAUGGAUGUCCCUACUUUUAAUCGGUGCUGGAAUACCAAAAUGGCUACAGCAAGGUCAACAAUGAAAAGACUGAAGGAAUAAAAGUUUACACACGUAUUUUCUGACUGACAUUGCACAGGCUCCAUAAUAUCUUAUUUCUUAAAAUUUAUGCCCAUUUUUCGAUUUUAUAAUUUUGGUUAAGUUUUUGUAUGUAAGCUGGUAUCUCAGUACCCACUUAAUUAAGGGAAUGGAUUGAACUGUCAACUGCCUUGAGCUGAUAUGCAUUGUACAGGUUUCAUAACCCUGUUUAGAAAAUUAAAAAAAAAAAUUGCCCCAUUUUCGACGUUAAUAUUCAUUCAAUAGACAAGUCUGUUGAAUAGUUUAGUGUUGCUGUCCUCUGACAGCUGUUGUUUGUUGACUUGCAAUAUUUAUUUUAGAUGGCCUAGCUAGCUUUUCAUGACCUUUUUGUAACCUUACAUUAUUGCAAUGGUUCUAGGGAAAAACUGAGACAGUAUUUUUCUGUGGCAAAUGGACGGAAAUAAAAAAAAGUUCAGAAAUUUAGACAUACAUGUUCUUGUUAUGAAUUUUUUGUGGACUAAAAUUUAUUUUUGUUUUGUCUUUUUGUUGACUUCUUGGUUUAGAAUUACUUCCCUUUUAUUCUAUUUAUAGAUUAUUUGUAUUUUUUUAUGAUUAGCCAUACAGAAAUACCAGCAUCAUUUUUAUGUGGAACAUCAUGAAUAAAGAUUUUUUGGUGGCCUUAAAAUUAAUUUGUUUGCAUUGACAAUCCUUUUAAUUAAAGAACUUGUUUGAGUCAAGAUAUUGAAAUGAAACUUGUUUUAAUUGACUGAAAUGUUUUAGGCAUUUAGGUGGUGUGUCAACAAAUAAUGGGCCCCAACAUUUUUGCUCUUUGGGAUUCAUCAUUCUAUUUUACAACUGACAUUCCCACCUACUUAGCUCAAUAGGGAGAGCACAGGUCUUUGGAUUGUAAGGAUUUAAGUUAGAUCCUUCAGCGAUACAUGUUUUCACCAUGACAAUUUGAUAAAAGACAUUAAGUUUGAAAUCAGCAUCCUCCACUUCUGAUUCAUGUGGAGAAGUUGGCAAAUACUUGUUGAGAACAGGUUUGUACUGGUACAGAAUCACUGGUUAAGGUUAACUGUCUGCCAUUGCAUAACCGAAAAACUGUUGAAAAGGGGUGCUGAACCCAAAGCAAUCAUCUGAGAAGCAGUGUUUUAAAAUGGCUCAUGAUGAUAUUUUGGCAAUAUAACCCUUGUCAUAAAUAUUAAAUGUUUAUUGCAUGCUUGUUUAUAUUUUGUUAAUCAUUUUGUCAAUGAGCAACAUGUGCUUACAGAUUUUAUUUAACAUAGCAACAGUACGCCUUGUUUGCUUCUCAGAUUUUUAUGCCCCCAAAGGGAGGCAUAUAGUUUUUGAACCGUCUGUCAGUCUGUCCGCAAUUUUCGUGUCCGGUCCAUAUCUUUGUCAUCCAUGGAUGGAUUUUCAAAUAACUUGGCAUGAAUGUGUACCACAGUAAGACAACGUGUCGCGCGCAAGACCCAGGUCUGUAGCUCAAAGGUCAAGGUCACACUUAGACGUUAAAGGUCAUUUUUCAUGAUAGUGCAUUCUUGUCCGGUCCAUAUCUUUGUCAUCCAUGGAUGGAUUCUCAAAUAACUUGGCAUGAAUGUGUACCACAGUAAGAAAUGUCGCGCGCAAGACCCAGGUCCGUAGCUCAAAGGUCAAGGUCACACUUAGACGUUAAAGAUCAUUUUUCAUGAUAGUGCAUUUGUGUCCGGUCCAUAUCUUUGUCAUCCAUGGAUGGAUUUUCAAAUAACUUGGCAUGAAUGUGUACCACAGUAAGACGACGUGUCGCGCGCAAGACCCAGGUCCGUAGCUCAAAGGUCAAGGUCACGCUUAGACGUUAAAGGUCAUUUUUCAUGAUAGUGCAUUGAUGGGCGUGUCCGGUCCAUAUCUUUGUCAUUCAUGCAUGGAUUUUAAAAUUAUUGGGCAUGAAUGUGUACCACAGUAAGACGACGUGUCGCGCGCAAGACCCAGGUCCGUAGGUCAAAGGUCCUAAACUAUUGGCUAUAUAACUACUAUAUAACAUCGGCCAUAACUAUUCAUUCAAAGUGCCAUCGGGGGCAUGUGUCAUCCUAUGGAGACAGCUCUUGUUAAGUCUAUAGUUGUAUCAUUAGUUUAGUCUCAAGCAUCUUUGAAUUCUUACAGGUAAAACUGAAGCUGUUUAUUUUCCGUUAUACAUAGAGGAACUGUUCAUAUAUCACGAGAAUUAAAUUUUAGCAAGGUUAAUCUGUUACAUAGGGUUGCCACUUGCCUUGAAAAGUCAAGGAAAAACAUUAAUUUAAAUAUGUUUGAAUCGACUUUGUUUUUAGCUCGACUAUUAUAAUACUAGAGCUAUCCUACUCGCCCCGGUGUCUGCAUGAGCGUCACACAGAUGUUAAAGAUUGCGUACCACCCCAAAUAUUUACAAAGUCCAUUGAGAUAUUGCUUUGAUAUUGUGCAUACUUGUUUACCAUCAUAACCCCAGUCUGUAAAAAGGAGGAGGCAACUCUAUCAAGCAUUUUGACUGAAUUAUGGCCCCUGUUCGACUUAGAAUAUGCUUAUUGUAAUGUAAAAGUUUACUCAUAGCUUAUAUUAUACUAUCAAGCACUGAGAAUAGUCGAGCACGCUGUCAACUGACAGCUCUUGUUAUGUUUACUUUCAUUAUAAUGUUUACACUCGUAUAUUUUUGGUAUUCGUUAAUGAAAGUUUAAUUGUUGUAUCUGAAACAAAAUAAAUAUAAAAAACUC